GGGAUCGGUGACGUCGGCAGGCCAGCGUUUAUUUUGGCUCUGCUACUCAUUUGUCUCGCUGUCGCCGCCAUUAAACAACACGGAGGCAAUGUAAACCAUGGAGAUUCUCGCGCUUGUGCCAUGAAUCGUGGUGUUAAGAGGCUUUGUCAAGGUGUCUUUUGUUCCGCGAGAGGCUAAUGCGUCCACAAAGGUAAACAUGUGAGAGACCGAGAGAGUGGAAAUAAUUCGGAUUGGGAAAGGUUUGAUUGAGCAGGAGGAGGAGGAGGAGGAGGAGGAGGAGGAGGAAGGGGGACUGGACAAGAAGGGUUUGUUGUGGUUUUCAGCAGCUCUUAAGAGGCCAGCACAGUCACGACACGUUGGACCGACUAAAGUGAUCCAAAAUGACAGACCAGAAGAUAAAGUGGGCCUGUGACUAUUGCACCUUUGAAAACUGGCCUUCUGCAAUCAAGUGUACGAUGUGCCGUGCGCCAAGAUUGAGAGGUCCCAUCAUCACAGAAGAACCCUACAAGAACGGUCCCAAUCCGGACCCCAGCAUAGAGUGGGAUCCCCCCAGAACUGAGAGUGGGAGCAGCCUGCUCAUCUGCCCCGACUCCAGCGCCAGGCCAAGAGUCAGGUCGGCCAGCAUGGCUGAGAUUGCCAAUAAGUGGUCCUGUCAGAUGUGCACCUAUCUGAACUGGCCUCGAGCCAUCCGUUGCACACAGUGCCUGUGUCAGCGCCCGAGGACCAGCAGCCCCACGGAGUCCCCGCAGACCUCGGGCUGCCGUCCAGCUCUCCACUCUCCCGUGGACACCUGCGAGGAGUAUAAUGACAGGAACAGACUCAACACCCACCAGCAGCACUGGACAUGUACAGCAUGCACUUACCAGAAUUUACCCAGAACUACAAAGUGUGUCGUGUGUGACCUCCCCAAGCCCAUCAGUUCAGAAGCCAUAGAGCUGGCGGAGUCGGCAGAGCCCUCGCCCCUGAUCAACGAGCAGGACAGGGCUCGGUGGAGGGGCAGUUGCAGCGGAAGCCAGGGUCAGAGGAGAUCCCCUCCCAUGUCUAAGAGGGAAGAGCAUGUCAAAAUGGACUUCCAGAGGAUAGAGCUGGCAGCUGGAGCCAUGAGCAAAGAAGAGCAGGAGGUCGACUUCAAGAAAUUAAAGCAGAUCAGAAACCGAAUGAGGAAAACGGAUUGGCUGUUUCUCAAUGCAUGUGCUGGGGUCGUGGAGGGGGACCUGGGGGCGGUCGAGGCGUACAAGUCGUCCGGCGGGGACAUCGCCCGGCAGCUCUCUGCCGACGAGGUGCAGCUCCUCAACCGGUCCUCGGCCUUUGAUGUGGGCUUCACCCUGGUCCAUCUGGCCAUUCGCUUCCAGAGGCAGGACAUGCUCGCCAUCCUGCUCACAGAGGUGAGCCAGCAGGCAGCUAAGUGCAUUCCCUCCAUGGUGUGCCCCGAGCUGACGGAGCAGAUCCGCAGGGAGAUCGCAGCGUCGCUCCAUCAACGCAAAGGAGACUUUGCCUGUUACUUCCUCAGCGAUCUGGUCACCUUCACCCUGCCAGCAGAUAUCGAGGACUUGCCUCCGGCCGUCCAGGAGAAGCUUUUUGAUGAGGUUUUGGAUCGAGACGUGCAGAAAGAAUUGGAAGAGGAGUCUCCCGUGAUCAACUGGUCCCUGGAGCUGGGGACCCGCCUGGACAGCCGUCUGUACGCGCUGUGGAACCGCACGGCCGGGGACUGCCUGCUGGACUCCGUCCUGCAGGCCACGUGGGGCAUUUACGACAAAGACUCGGUCCUCCGCAAGACGCUGCACGACAGCCUGCACGACUGCUCCCACUGGUUUUACACCCGCUGGAAGGAGUGGGAGUCGUGGUACUCGCAGAGCUUUGGUUUACAUUUUUCCCUCCGAGAGGAGCAGUGGCAGGAGGACUGGGCGUUCAUCCUGUCUCUGGCCAGCCAGCCCGGGGCCAGCCUGGAGCAGACCCACAUUUUUGUUCUCGCACAUAUUCUUCGAAGACCGAUCAUCGUCUACGGAGUGAAAUACUACAAAAGUUUCCGUGGGGAAACGUUAGGAUACACGCGUUUUCAAGGUGUGUACUUGCCUCUGUUAUGGGAGCAGAGCUUCUGCUGGAAGAGCCCCAUCGCCCUGGGCUACACGCGGGGCCACUUCUCCGCCCUGGUGGCCAUGGAGAACGACGGCUACGACAAUCGCGGCGCGGGCGCCAACCUCAACACGGACGACGACGUCACGGUCACCUUCCUGCCGCUGGUGGACAGCGAGAGGAAGCUGCUGCACAUCCACUUCCUGUCCGCGCAGGAGAUGGGGAACGAGGAGCAGCAGGAGAAGCUCCUGCGGGAGUGGCUGGACUGCUGCGUGACGGAAGGAGGCAUGCUCGCCGCCAUGCAGAAGAGCUCCCGCCGCCGGAACCACCCCCUGGUCACCCAGAUGGUGGAGAAGUGGCUGGACCGGUACCGGCAGAUCCGGCCCUGCGCCUCGCUCUCCGACGGCGAGGAGGAGGACGACGAAGACGAGUGAGGAAGCAAGGGCGUCCCAGCUCUUGACGGACAUGAAAGACUCUGACAGAGUUCUAACUACACUUCCCCCCCCCCCUUUUCUCCCCCCCCCAAAAAAUCAACAUCUUCAACGUGUAACAAUGCAUGUGUUCUGUGAGCCCUGUGGUAGAGACGAUACCAGCACCAUCCCGAUCACUGCUCCCAACAAACGCCCCCAGUCCACGCUCUUCGCCUUGCUAUAACGCCGACGGCCCCCGUCAUUCACCCCCCCCCCACCCGAGAGAAAUCCCAGAAGAUAUAGGAACAUAUACUGUAUUUAAGGAAAAAAAAAAAAUCCGAAGCUGCAC